AUGAGUAAACCGGAAUGGAUAUUUGUUUUGUUUGAAUGUAUUGGAUGCAUUUGUAAUGGUGUUAUACAACCCAUAAUGGGAAUUAUUCAGAGUAAAUUAACUGCAGUUUUUCAAGAAUGUGAUAAAGAUUCUCUAGAUCGAAAAAUUCUUCUUUAUAAUUUAUUAUUUAUUGGAUUUGGAAUCAUCCGUUUCAUAGCAACAUUUAUUCAAAGUUUCUUCUUUGGUUGUUCUGGUGAAGCAUUAACAAAACGUCUUCGUAUAAAAACAUUUGAAACAUUACUUCGUCAAGAUAUAUCAUAUUUUGAUGAUCCAAAUAACAAUACAGGUGCAUUAUGUACACGUUUAUCAACUGAAGCAUCGGCUGUUCAAGGUGCGACUGGAAUUAGACUUGGAAUGUUAUUACAAAGUUUUUGUUCAUUUGUUGGUGGUCUUAUUAUUGGUUUUAUAUUUUCUUGGUAA